UCUUUCCUCUCCGCGCUUCUAAAGGAGCAGUACAGAAGCGGCUCCUCUGAGUGUUGAUAAGCAUUUCAAUUCAAUUAAACGUAGUUGUAAAUAAAGAUUAAUUAAUUCAACAGAAGCAGGAAGUAUGGCUACUGAUUCGUGGGCUCUGGCUGUCGACGAACAAGAAGCUGCCGCGGAGUCGUUGGGUACUUUGCAGAUCAAAGAUGAGAAGCCCAAAGUGGAAGCCAACGGCACUGAUGUUAAACCAGUUGAAAAUGCAGAAACCAAACCAGACGAUGACGAUAAAGAGGACAAAGCUGCUCAGUCUUUAUUGAAUAAAUUGAUCCGCAGUAACCUGGUGAAUACAACGAAUCAAGUAGAAGUUCUACAGAGGGAUCCUAAUUCCCCUCUCUAUUCUGUCAAGUCAUUUGAGGAGCUAAGACUGAAACCCCAGUUGCUACAGGGUGUGUAUGCCAUGGGGUUCAACAGGCCCUCCAAAAUCCAGGAGAAUGCUUUGCCCAUGAUGCUUGCUGAGCCGCCACAGAAUCUGAUCGCACAGUCCCAGUCUGGCACAGGUAAAACGGCUGCCUUUGUAUUGGCAAUGCUGAGUCACGUGGAUCCUGCCAGGAAAUAUCCUCAGUGCCUGUGUGUUUCCCCAACCUAUGAGCUUGCCUUACAGACAGGGAAGGUAAUUGAGCAGAUGGGAAAGAGCUACACUGAAGUUAAACUUGCAUAUGCAGUCAGAGGCAACAAGCUUGAGAGGGGAAUGAAGAUUCAGGAACAGAUUGUGAUUGGGACCCCUGGAACAGUCCUGGACUGGUGUGCCAAGCUCAAAUUUAUUGAUGCCAAGAAGAUUAAAGUGUUUGUGCUGGAUGAGGCAGACGUCAUGAUAGCCACGCAGGGCCACCAAGACCAGAGUAUUCGUAUACAGAGAAUGCUACCGAGCGAUUGUCAGAUGCUGCUGUUCUCUGCCACCUUUGAAGACUCUGUGUGGAAGUUUGCCCAGAGAAUUGUGCCGGAGCCCAACAUUAUCAAGCUGAAACGAGAGGAAGAGACUCUGGACACAAUCAAACAGUAUUAUGUGCUGUGUAACAAUAAAGAAGAAAAGUUCCAAGCCCUCUGCAACAUUUAUGGAGCGAUCACCAUUGCACAAGCUAUGAUCUUUUGUCAUACUCGAAAGACAGCCGGCUGGCUGGCAGGGGAACUAUCAAGAGAAGGUCACCAGGUUGCACUGCUGAGCGGGGAGAUGAUGGUGGAGCAGAGAGCAGCCGUCAUUGAGCGCUUCAGAGAUGGCAAAGAGAAAGUACUGGUGACCACCAAUGUGUGUGCAAGAGGUAUUGACGUGGAGCAGGUCUCGGUGGUUAUUAAUUUUGACCUGCCUGUGGACAGAGAAGGCAAUCCUGACAAUGAGACAUACCUGCACAGAAUUGGACGUACAGGCCGCUUUGGUAAACGAGGGCUGGCUAUCAACAUGGUGGACAGCAAGCUGAGCAUGAGCAUCCUGAACCGGAUCCAGGACCACUUCAACAAGAAAAUUGAAAAGCUGGACACGCACGAUCUUGACGAAAUUGAGAAAAUAGCCAACUGAGGAUCCUGGAAACCAGAUAACAUGUCUUCAAUAACAUCUGCACACAUUGGACUGGAAUCUCAAUUGAUGUAUUUCAUAGCCCACAGAGAAGACUUUCACAUACAAAUUAUAGGAGUUACCUCAUUUUAAAUUGAUGCAGUUGGACUACAUUUUUUGUUCUUUUCUGUGGAAUCAUUAAAAAAGGCAGAAGAAAUGUUUACAUAAAGUUCAAAUUGGGUCUUAGUUUAGCCUUAAAUGCUUUAAUAUUUUAACUUCAGGUUAGUAGCUCUGAAUGCCAAAUAGUCUGUAAGUGCUUAACAUUGAGAACAGACACAUUUGUGAUUCAUUUAUUUCUUUGUAUUAGUUUUUUUAAAGGGUUACCACCAGUAAAAUAGCACUGAAAUGAAAUUCGCCAAUUUCACAUAUUUUAGCCUAAGUAAGAAAAUGUGAUGUAGGAUGCAAGGACUUGGCUUGCUGGUGUGGGGCUGUAAACUCUGCAGCCAGCAUUACAAAUAGAAUUGUUUUAGCUUGCAGGGUUUUGCAUUGUUAACAUUCUGGGGUUAUUGAUGCCAGGACUCAAAGCUGUUUAAAUAAAACAAGCCCAGAAACGAUGAAAGGAAGUAUAGGAAACACAGAAUGCCACCUAAACUGAUCGUUUCAAUGGAUUCUACUGUAUUACAGCCUGGCCAAGAAAUAUGUUGCUACUGUGUGCACUUCAAAUCAUAUUUAGGUUUAUUUUAAAAUGUAAUACAGUUUAGAAGUUGGAAACUAAUCUUAUUUCUGAUCGAGAGAUUGUAAAUGCUAAUGUGUUCAUGUGGAGCAUGAUGCUUCUUUAAUAUGGGGUAAUUUAACAUUAACAAUGUCAGGUACAGUAUGUAGACCACAUUCAUUCAAGAUCACUGAUCUCAUGGCCACUGAGAACCUAGUAAACUUGGUAUAUAAUAAUCCAAAUUUCCAUUCCCUUUCAGGAGCAGUAGUUUAACAAUAGUUUGUUAAGAUUUGAUUUGGGUGAUGCUACAAUGGCUGUAAAAGGGAAAAUGCUUUUCUUUUCGUGCUAAGCAAUAGUUUCUAAAUUCACUGUUUUUAGUUUUCACUCUAACAAAACAAUGUAGUUGAGUUCAAAUUCUGUUCAAAGACAGGAAGUCAGAAACUUUUACCAAGUAAAAACAUUUAAAGUAAUAUUUAAAAUGUUCCUAAAACUUUAGGAGCAACUGCACCCUGUUUAAAUUAUUUGUAGAAAAGCUGUGCUUGGCAACAACAAAAAAAUUGACUAUAAAAAAAAAAAAAAAAAAGUGGUGUGUGUUAUGAGUUUUUGUACUAUGGGGUGUAUGCAUUUUUAUUUGGACUGUAAUUGGGUACCACUUGUAUUUAACUGCAGAUGUGAUGAGAGAGUGCUUGAGUGUAAUUAGAUGAGUUUUAAAUGCAUAUUUUUUUAUAAUAGCUAUGAGACCUGUACACAGCAGAUGAUAUAGUAUAAUUGACCUUACCUUGAAUCUGUUGCAAUGGUUUCAUGGUUAUUUCUAAUGACCUUUUAUUGUAAUAAAGAAUGCAUACUUACUGA